AUGGCCGAACGCAGCCUAUCCCAGAUCGUCUCCCAGCUCAAGCAGAACCCCUCGAUGAGCUAUGAGGAUGCCAACUCUCUCCUGUCAAAGGGAAAGCUGGCCCUCCUGAGCCUCAAGGCCCUUACCCCCACCCCGGCUGUCUCCCAGUCGACCUUGGCCUUGGCCCGCGAGACGUACGAGCAGGGCGCCCUGUUCUCCAUCCGUGCCGGCAACCCGGAUGCCUUCACCCGCUACGUCCAGCAGCUGCAGCCCUUUUACGAGCUGCCGCCCUCCCGCCUGGCGCCUAACCUGGCCGAGCGUAACAAGGUCACCGGCCUCAGCCUCCUGCUCCUGCUCACCGAGGGUCGCUACGCAGAGUUCCACUCGGAGCUCGAGAGCCUGUCGUACCGCGAGGGCGACACCGGAGACAUCGAGGGCGAUAGGUACCUGGGCUAUCCCAUUCGCCUGGAAAGAUGGCUCAUGGAGGGCAGCUACGAUCGCGUCUGGAAGGCCAUGAAGAGCAGCGAGGUGCCCUGCGAUGAGUACAGUGUAUUUUCGGAGGUAUGCCCGUCUCCCCUGCAGCUCUUGGGGUCUUCUUCCGAGGGGUCUCGGUCAUCAGAACUCAAGAUAACCCCCCUGUGCGGCAAGAUUCUAACUCUCUUUUGCUCUCUACAGAUCCUCAAGAACCAGAUCCGCUCCGAGAUCGCUAGCAGCAGCGAGCGCGCCUACCCCAGCCUUCCUAUCAGCUCUACAAAGUCCCUCCUCUUCCUCGACUCCGAGGGUGAUGUCGUCUCCUUUGCCAAGUACCGCGGCUGGAUCGUCCGCGACGGCAACAUCUACUUCCCCGAUACGGCUGAGACGGACGACGCCACCCAGAACAAGGACAUGAGCCAAAUGGUGAUAGAAAAUGCUCUCGGUUACGCUCGUGAGCUUGAGACCAUUGUGUAG